AUGGCUAAAACUUAUACAUUUGGGUAUGCGACGCUGCUCACGGUUUUGCAGUGCAUUGCAUUGGCUUUUCUAAUUUUGGCGUGUCUUUCUGCCCCCGUUUUCAAGAACAUCAGUUUGGCUAAAUUGGGAGACAUUCACUAUGGUGUGUUUGGCUACUGUCAGCAAGGCGAAGGUUGUUCUUCAGCAAAGGCGAAUUACCACCCAGAAAACUUGAGUUCUGACGAUGGGGACUGGAAGAUGAAGCACGAUGCGCGGAAAUCUUUGGGCAAUCUUUUGAUUGUGACGCCAGUUGCUGCGGGGCUAACGCUUUUGGCACUUGUGACGAGUUUCCUUUGCCAGUUCAAGCAUUUCGAUGCCAACACGAUUUGGUUCUGCUGCAACUUCUCGUUUUCUGUGCUGGCGUUCAUUGCCUCGGCACUCUGUUGCAUCAGUACGAUUUUGCUCUUCUACCCACAUGUCACGUGGACGGCUUAUAUUCUUAUUGGGUCCGCAGUGCUGACUCUUGUUUGUCUACCGCUAUGCUUCUUGGCCCGGUCUGAGACGGCUAGCAACGGGCUGGGAGACGGCAGCGAUGACGAAGAUGGCGAGUAUGCGUCUUCUUCUUCAAUGAGGGACAAAUUGUUCAAGGAUGAGCUAAACCAAACAGAUUUGACCAAUAUGGACGAUCUGUCAUUCCCAGAAUACUACAAGGCCCCCAAGAUCGUCACCACGACGACUUUGAACUCGAACACUGUUACCGAUUCCGAUGUCAGCGACUCGUACUUGAAUAAGUUCGCUCCCGCUGGUAUGGGCGGUGGAGCAGGAGCAGGUGCUGUGGCAGCAGCAGCAGCAUCUUCUUCCUCCUCCCUUCCUUACCAGAGAGCAAGCAACAACAACGUGAACAACAUCAGUAACUCGCAUGCGGCAUCGUCUCGUUUCCAAUCUGCUGUGCCAAAGCAACCUUUCUCCGUUAUCGACAGCAGCACCACAAGUGUGGCUACAAGUUCAGCCGCACCUCGUUUGGCUGCGUCGGGUAGAUUGGGACCCGGACAGCAACCAUUGGCAACGACCGAUAGAAUCGCAUCAGAUGCUCCUUCUUCCGUAUACACUGAACAGGAACAGGAUGGUAGUAAUAAUAACAUGGGCAUGGGCGUGGGCGUCGGCCCUUCGAACGCUGGCCACAGAGCUGCUCCUUUCACUUCGAGCAAUGAUCGCUACAGAAACGGGUAUCCUAUGACUCAAAGACAACAGCAACCACAACCACAACCACAACCACAACAACCACAACCACAACAACCACAACAACCGGGUCGUCAGCCAGAGCCAGUGCCAUUGCAUCACACAGAUGAAGAUGGCGUGCUACAGGACUUGAUCAAUGGCGUUCUACCAGAAGACGAAGAGGAAUUUUUGAAAAGAAACACUAUCGAUCCAAGCGAUAGACCACCAAUGGAUGCCUUUGACGAAGACGGCGAUGGAAUUAACGACGAUGACUCUGAAUUUACUUCAGUAUCACAAAGAGGUAUCAACCCAAGAUAUUAUCAAGGAAGAGGUGGAAUACCGCCUCAAGGGAUGCAGUACUACCCUCCUCCAAUGGGCCAACAACCUCAAAGUGCGAACGGCAUGAUCCAUCCACCACUUCCACAACAACAACAACAGCAGCAGCAGCAGCAACCAAUGAGUGCCCAAUACUACCCACCUAUGCCUAACCAUGGCGGCGCGGUUCCACCUCCACAACAUCAACAGGGUCAUUAUCAGGAUCCUUCAAUGGGAAUGCCUAUGGGAGUAUCUCCUCACCUACACCAACAACCAGCACCACCUCAUCAACAGCUACAACAACGCAGUUCUUUUUCGGCUGGUCCGUCUGCGUCUGACUUUGUACUACAAUCAAAUCCAGAAUUCACCAUUGGAUCUGGCCCAGCUUCGCUGCCGGGUGGACAAAGAGCUGGAAAUCCUAAUUCAGGUCUAGGUUCAAAUAUGCACUAUAAACCAGCUUACAAGAAGAGACUUCCAAGAAAAAUGAACAUUGCUCCAGCUUCAAUGUCAAGAGAUAGUCCAUAUGGGGGAUUCUAA